AUGAAUAAAAGUUAUGCAUCAGGGCGAGUAGCCGCUUGUGCGAACAAGAUCAACGACUACCAGCGCAGUUUUCAGUUCUAUGAAGACAACAAGAAGCGCACAUUGUUGGCAACUCUCGAUGAGCACGCUGUGGGAUCUGCUGGAAAACUCGGUGGAAAGAAAAUGAUUCUAACCAAAGAGUGCGGUAUUAUCUUGGACGGCAAGGAUGUUAUCCUCAAGAGCUGGCGCUGGGAUCCCAAGGCACAGAGAGCUGGAUCACCGCCGUCAGAAUCUGUAGUUAUCAACUUGAAUGCCAGCCUGGUGUUCACAUUUCGAGACCGCAGCUCGAUCUCUAUAAAGUUCGCUCCAUGUCCCGGAAUUCUAGUGGAUUUCGCUUGUGGUGAAUGUCGACGCCGGACGGACUCGUACUUGGACCACGCCCGUCGCGUGACAGAAGGACCCCAUCGUGGAAAACUACUGAUUGAUCAAGAAAAGCCAACUUUGCAGCAGCGGCAAAAACGAAUAGAACUCGAGUCGCUCGAGAAAAGAAGCAAGUCAAAGCCAAGCAGCACAGAUGUUGCGCAUGCUGAAAUCAAGCAAAUUGUUUCAACACUGGAAACCAAGUUUGACGGCUAUGAAGGAUGUCGCGUCACACCAGCACCAGAUGGGAACUGGAGGGAGAUGGCAUAUCUACAGAGUCUCCGCGAAAUUCCGAUCUUGCCUGCUACCGGUUACGAGGUUGGCCAAACACCAACACUGUUCGGAUCAGUAGUGCAAACUAACGACGCCUCUGAAUCACUAAAGCGUCUCAAGAACGAGUCCAGUGGGAAAUGGCGCGGAUCAGUGGAGAUUCACAAGAUGAUCGCUCAGGAAAACCCAGGACUUCCGCGAACGGGAUAUUUAACAAAUGCAAGUGGGCGCUACUCUCAAGAGUUGCAAGUUGCUGGAGGUGGCACAAAGUCAGCAGGCGAGCGCUUGAUCUCAAUUCACGGUUCGAAACUCGAUUUAUAUCUUCGCGAACAGUGCUCCAAUGAUGAAUUGGUAGUGGUGGCUUGCCUACGUUCUGAUGAUCGUCAGUCGCGUGCCGCGGAAGCAAAACUUGAGCAGAUCCAGAUGAUUCUUUCAAAGCGAAAGCAGAAUCCUGCGACGGCAGCAGAACACAAGUGUCGCCUAGUUAAAUGCGAUCUCGUUGAAUCUCCAGCACUGGUUGAUCGCUAUCGAAUUCACGCUGUGCCUACGUUCCUCAUGUUUUACGACUCACGGCUUGUAAACGUUUCAAGUCUCGGUGGGCUAGCAGUUCGUGUGACUCCAACCACAAAAAAUGCAAGCUUGUCGGACCAAAUGGACCACUUGCCGCGUGUUUUGCUAGUGGAGAAAAGUGCAAAGCAGCAACUAGCGGUAGAAAGUGUUUUGCGUCGUGAGGGUUUCCAGUGGGACCUUGCAAGCAGCGGAGAGCAGGCUGUGUCCAACUUUACUCGCCAGUCAACCUCAGGUGCUUUAGGCAACAGCGGUCCUACUUACGAGCUUGUCAUGCUCAGUGACUCGCUCAGCGACAGCGAAGUACGUGCUAUUGACCGAUUUAUCGGUCCCAAAGAGCGAAUGAAGAGGAAAGCUGGACGAAAGGCGCUUGUAUGCGUGGUGGUAUCUACUGCUGGUUGCGGCGUCCCAUUCUCGAAGACAUUGUGCCAAGCUUGUCGUCGUGCACAAGGUCGUCGGGUCAGUCAAGAGCUUGCAGCUUCAGUGGAACGUAGCACCCGGGAGCCGCCUUUGAUGGCCUGUCCUCACUGCAGCCUGGUGACGGAGUCAAGUACAAAGACAACUCUGCUGCCCCCAGGUCUGGCUGAGAUGACCCAGGCUAUUGUGUAUAAGCACGUGAAGGCUGCUACGCUGCAUCGUCUUGCUGAAAUGUGGGUUGCUGAUGAGGGUAGAGGUGGCAGCAGAUCUGCGCCCGCGUCGGCUGGUGGACCACGACACUGUGGGGAGACUCACUUGGGCCUUACCCCGUUCUCGUUCUUUAUUGAAGUGGACAAGCAGAUCGCGGCCGCCAAGCGUGGCGCUUUCUUACCCGAGCAUCACAUUCCAGAGAUGGCAUUAAGUGCCAAGGACACUGUGCUCUCACUACAAUUUGGCCGCCAAGCGCCUGAAGGACUAGCCAUGCUUCCGAUGGACCAGGUCCGAUCUGCGUCCGCAUAAACCGACAAUACAUUUACUUCCUAGCCUCG